AUGGAUAUUACAUUUAAUGUCACGUAUAUAACUCUGGAUGGUUUUAUACAGUUGCAUGAAUACAGAUUUCUUUAUUUUGUGUUCAUGUUUACAGUUUAUAUCCUGAUUCUGUGCUGUAAUAUUAUUAUUGUAUGUCUCAUUGUGACACAAAAGAGCCUUCAUGAGCCAAUGUACAUUUUUAUUGCAGCUUUGUUAUUGAACUCUGUUAUGUUCAGUUCUGUAGUCUACCCAAAGCUUUUGAUUGAUAUUUUAUCUGAGAGACAGAUCAUAUCUUACUCGGUUUGUUUCUUUCAACAUUUUCUGUAUUACUCUUUAAGCGGCUCUGAAUUUUUACUGUUGACAGUCAUGGCCUAUGACCGGUAUGUAUCAAUAUGUAAACCUCUGCAGUAUCCAACUAUCAUGAGAAGAAGAACUGUCAGUACUUUGUUGAUUUAUGCUUGGAUAACACCUGCAUUUCACCUCAGUUUGUCAUUAAUGGCUGUAAGAAUUUUGAAUGAAAGACCAUGUAGUUAUACUCUGAAUGGAAUCACUUGUAACAGCCCACUUUAUUAUCUGCUGUGUAUGCACUUAGAAGUUCUUGUUAUAGUGGAUAUGUUGACCCUUUUAAAUGUUGCACUCAUUCCUGUGGUUUUCAUACUUUUUUCAUACACUAGGAUUCUGACAAUAUCCUAUCGAAGCUCAAAUGAAGUCAAGAAAAAAGCUUUACAUACCUGUGUACCUCAUCUGUUAGUUCUGCUAAGUUUUUCGUGUUUCGGUGGGUAUGAUGUCAUUACUGUUGAGCUUGAAUAUGAAAUUUCAAAGCUUGUACAUUUAGCAGUAACUUUACAGAUCAUUGUAGUUCAGCCUCUCUUUAAUCCAUUUAUUUAUGGGCUGAAAAUGAAAGAAAUUUCUAAACACCUGAAGAGACUCGUCU